AUGACUGCGUUAAGCAAAUACAUACGUGCUGGAUCAUUUGGCAGUUUAAUAUUCACUCUAUGGUUGGCAAACUGUGUAUUUUGGAUUCAAUUGUUUGGCAAUGAAUUUCUAUCCAAUUUAGCGAACCCUCCGUUGCGUUCUAUAAACAGUGUUAAAGAUAUUGGACCCGGAAUUACACAUCCUACCAGAACUCAAAUAUCGCAGACCAUUGCCCUUCAGAUUCAGCUCAACCGGUCUAUUAAUGCCAUUAAACACAUCCCUAAGCAGGUUAUCGUUACUUAUAUGGUUAUGACUAACAUCAAGCGCCACAUCAAACGCGUGCUUAUCGAGUUUGUAGCUAUAAAUGGCGCAUGCGCUCAGCGUUAUUCUGGCAAGUUGAGUUAUGUUUGCGAACGCGUAGGGGGCGACGUUGUCAAUUUGGCAAUCUGUAUAUUUACUGGUAGGCUCGGGGUCGACAAUUUCUAUCACGGUCAGUGUCGGCCCGGUGGCGCCCCUAACGGCUGCGAAAAGGUUGGCCCUCUGAACGACAUCGUUGUUAAAGUGGCCGCUGAUGUAGAGGUCGCUGACCGCGUUGCCGGCAAAAGCAUCCGGGUGAAUUGUUUUGAGCUUGUCCGAGCCUCUGAGUUCGAUCUUGGUGAAUUGGAUAUCGCUGAACGCCCUUGCUGGUAUUUCUGUCAGCUCCGGGUAGGAGAUGUGUUGGCUCAGGUGUUGAAAGUAUUGGCCCAAAUUGAACGGCUCGGGGCCGUCGCACACCACGUAUCGGCCGAAUGA